GGAGGGAGUUCUGGUGGACGGCGAGCUCUUUUCCCUCUCUGUUACAGAGGGAGAGAGAGAGAGAACAGAGAGAGAAAUCUCUGUUACAGAGAGAGAUUUUCCUCUAUGGUUCGGGUGGACCAAAUUUUUCCUCUCUCUUCGGGUGGACCAAGUUUUUCCUCUCUCUGUUACAGAGAGAAAGAUAGAUUUGUAUUUAGAAUUUUAAUGGAGUUUGGUAAUAUUAUUGUUGCCUUCUAACUUAUGAUUGGAUCAUUUUCUGUCAGGUACUAUCACCUAGUGGCUCAGAAAUUUGCAAUCUCCAUUGCACUUUGAAGCUUUAAGAAAAGAACAAAUGUCUAAGAAGAGCCAACAUACCCUUGCUGGUCCAUCAACCCAAGAUGAGAAGAAGAGGAAGGCCAUUUGGAAUGAAAAAUUGAUAGAGGAGUUUAUCGAUAUAUGUAUUGGUGGAGUUGAAGCUGGUAAUCGCCCAGGAACACAUUUCAAUAGGUUAGGGUGGGCCAAUAUAAUUAAGAAAUUCAAUGAGAAGACUGGAAAUCAAUAUGACUACAAAAAAUUUAAAAAUAAGUGGGAUAACCUGAAAGCAAAUUGGAGCAUUUGGAUGAAAUUGGUGGGAAAGGAAACAGGACUUGGAUGGGAUCCUGUUAGAAAUACAAUAGAUGCACCAGAUGCAUGGUGGGAAAAAAAAUUGCAGGAGAUUCCUGAUGCAGCUAAGUUUCGAGAACGUGGUCUACAACAUGCCAUAAAAUUGGAUAGGUUAUUUAGAGGUACUAGUGCCACUGGGGAGGGGGCCUGGGCACCAGCUUUACUGGUGCAGGAGGAUGUUGAGGACACAAUUGAAGUAUAUGAGAGGUUGGAUGGGGUUAAUAAUGAUACAUUUGAGGGCUUAGGUAACUCAGAUGAGGACCAUCAUAUGAUUGAGUAUAAAAUUGAUGAUGUUCCCACUGAUAAUUUUAAUGUUAACCUUACUCUUGCAUCUGAUGCUAUCCAAGAGAGAGGAAAGAAAAGAGUUAGCUCUACUUUGCAUGAUAAGAAAUGCAAGAAGGUUGGGGGUGCUGCACAACUAUCUCAGCAAUUGAGUCGUCUUAUUGAUGCAGUGGAGAAGAAAAGUACAAUGCCAUCCAAGAUGAUUGAUAAACCUGGACGUAGUAUCGAUGAGGUGAUGGACGUAGUGCAUAUGAUGCCUGAGAUGGUAGCACAACCUGAACUGCUUUUGAUUGCUGCUGAGGUGCUCCUUAAAAGAGAACAUCGAGAGAUGUUUAUGGCACUCCGAGAUACCAAUCUUCGAAUUGAAUGGCUCAAGCGAAUGUCAAACUUACAUAAGUAGUUGUUGACGUACUAUUAUGGCAAUAUGUUUUGUAGUUUUAAUUAUGAACUUCUAUUAUAGAAUGAUGAUGGACUAUAUGUAUUUGUGGUAUCUCUUGGAUAAUGUAUCGUGGAUGCUAUUGAUUUUAUGGAUAUUAUAGAUGUUAUGAUUUUGUGAUAUUAUAUGUAUUUGCAUUAUAUGUUUAUAUAUCAUUUGUUUUAUUUGCUACAGAUGUUUUAUUUUUUGCAUAAUAUGUUUUCUACAGGUAUGGGCAGCAUUGACAAUAGUUUUGAGGAGAAUUAUUCCAGUGAAGAUGAGAUAGUUGAUGAUGAUAAUUAUAAUAUUCUACUAACUGCAACUGUUGGUAUGGUUACUGAAUAUUACACAAAAUAUAUUGAAAAGGAGCCUUGUAGGACCUCUUAUCAAACCGGAUACAAGUUUGUAUCAGAAAUUUUACAUGGCAAUCCAUAUAGAUGCCAACAACAAUUUCGAAUGGAAAAACAUGUAUUUAUUAAUCUGUGCAUGGAAUUGAAAAUCAAAUAUGGUUUAAAGGCUUCUAGAUAUAUUCCUGUUGAGGAGCUGGUGUCUAUGUUUUUGAUGAUUCUAGGACAUGGGUUUGGGAAUAGGAUGGUUCAAGAAAGAUUUCAACAUUCCGGAGAAACAGUUAGUAGAUAUUUCACCCAUGUUUUAAAUGCUGUUUUAAGGAUGUCCAAGGAUAUUAUUAGCCCGCUGGAUAAAGAGUUCAAAAAUAUUCCAAGUAAAAUCCGCGAUGAUCAUCGUUGGUGGCCUUAUUUUAAGGACUGCAUUGGAGCAAUUGAUGGCACCCAUAUACCAGUGAAAAUUUCUCCAUCCAAACAAGUACCAUAUAUUGGCCGAAAAGGGAUUCCUACACAAAAUGUUAUGGCUUGUUGUGAUUUUGAUAUGCGUUUCACUUUUGUUUGUGCUGGAUGGGAAGGUACUGCUCAUGAUACUCGUAUUUUUUUAGAUGCUAUACACAGAAAAGAGCUCCAAUUUCCACACCCACCUAGAGGUAAAUAUUAUUUGGUGGAUGCAGGAUAUCCUCACAUGUUGGGAUAUAUGGGGCCUUACAAAGGGGAGAGGUAUCAUUUACCAGAUUUUCGACGUGGAAGUCAACCAAAGGGUAUGCAUGAAAUCUUUAAUCAUGCACAUUCCUCCCUGAGAUGCACUAUUGAGAGGACAUUCGGAUGCUGGAAAAGUAGAUGGAGAAUGUUGAGUACCAUGCCCAACUUUUCUUAUCAUAAACAAGUCCAAAUUGUGGUGGCUUCCAUGGCUAUUCAUAAUUUUAUUAGAAAUCAUGCAAUCAAAGAUUUGGAGUUUCAGCCUUAUGAUGAUAAUGAGGAUCUACUCCCUUCUGAUUGUUUAGAGAUUAAUGAACCACAGGAAGAACUAAGUGCAGAGCAAAGCCAAAUAUUGGGUAACCGUGAGAUGGAUAUUCUGCGUGAUCAUAUUGCUUCUCAACUUAUAGCUCGUUGACUUCUGAGUGCAGUGCAAUUCCACAUGCUGUUUUAUUUUGUAUUUGACCAAACAUGAAUGUUCGUUGUAUUUUUGUUGCUACUACGUCAACAAUGUAAAAAAGUAUGAACAAGGUAAAGUUAGAGAGGAUGGAUAUUAACUAUGUGCAAUCCUUGAUUAA